GGUCUUUCACUCGUGGGGAUGUUUGGUUUCUGACCGGUGAAGUCCCGAAUACUAGGGUAUCGAGGAAUUUCGAUCUUCUGCGUCGAGCACUGAAGAUCAGUGUGUUACCUGUUUCUCACUGAUCAAGUCCUCGAUCACUAGGUCAUUGAGGAUGUGGAUGUCGAGAGUGUGAUAUCGACGAUUGCACUCUUAACUUGGUCGCCAGGGUUUAUAUCAUACAAAUUAGAAAGCUGAGGAGGAAAUCGGGGCUGAUUGUGGACUCAGCGGAGAGGAUAGGAAACGAUGACGACUGCUGCGCGGCCAACGUGGGCGCCGGCGAAAGGAGGACAUGAGCAGGGCGGAGUGCGUAUGUUUGGUGCUUCGCAGAAAUACUCGUCUCGUGAUCUUGCCUCCCACACCAAUUUGAAACUUAGGAAAGACGGUCAAGACACUACCGACGAUUUGCGUAAGCGCAGUCUUCGGGACGAGCUUGAAGACCGGGAACGUCGGCAUUUUUCUUCGAAGGACAAGGAUAGAGGCUACGAUGACCGAGACCACAGGAAGGGAUCUGCAACUGCUGGUUAUCUCGAAGGUUCAAAGCGAGAUACCGAGGAGAAACAAGCUCCAAAGAAUAUAGAUGCAGAUGAUUCGGAUGUGGAGGUCGAGAGCGAGUCAGACGAGAGUGAUAAUGACGAGGAUGAUACAGCUGAACUAUUAGCUGAACUGGAACGCAUUAAGAAGGAGCGAGCUGAAGAGAAGUUACGAAAGGAACGCCAGCUGCAAGAAGAAGAAAUGAGGGUUAAAGAGUCGGAGCUGGUUAGAGGCAACCCCUUGCUGAACCCGACAUCGUUUGCAGUCAAGCGGAGGUGGGACGAUGACGUGGUGUUCAAAAAUCAAGCACGAGGAGAACAGAAGAUCGCCAAGCGCUUCAUCAACGAUACAAUUAGGAAUGAUUUUCAUCGGAAGUUUUUGAACAAGUACAUGAAGUAGUUUUGUAGAUCAUCGAAGAAUUACAAUAGGUAUCAUUUUGUUUGACAGAAGAAUGGGAGUGCCAGAGCAGCUACGGAGGACAUACCUCUUAGUUCAGAUUGUGACAAUGAUGUAGUUUGCUCUCUUUGUUGUACUUUAGAAGAAGAUUUGCACGAACCUUCUGUCUUCUCUGCACUAAAGCAUCUGGCGUCUGUAAUUUUUUCCAAUUACCAAUUACACCUGGUCUAGACUACGUCUCAAGGGACGAGGCCGAUUAUCUGUAUUUGUAUUUGCCAUGGAUCCUUUGAAAAUUUCAAUACUCCCAUUUACACUCUUGUGCCAUCCCUUCCAAUCCAUCGUCUUGUCAUCAAUCCUUCAUAAUGACGGCCAGCGAUCCGAUCAAACCGACAGGAAGAUUCCCAGAUUUCCACUUCUUAGGUCAUCUUCAUCAUCACCAUUACCACGUCUUUUGUACUGUCAAAAUAUGUCAAUUGCAUACAAUUUCAUCAACAGCUACACCAACAUCGCAACUCUGAAAUGCAGGCCAUGCAGCGAUAGGUUGCUCAUAUG